UAACUAAUCUUCUCUUGCAGCCUGUUGCUCCAAUUGAGCUGGAGGAUUCAUCCCUUGCCAAGUCAAUUCACUUCUUCAAGUCGUCUUUUCUCGAGCCCCUCUUCUCAAGGAAUGCAGAUGUCAGCUUGAAGCAAGCCAUCACAAGAAGCUGCAAGAAAUGUCGGCAAGACCAAACUUUACCUGGUAGCUUUUAAAUGAAAGCAAUGUAACCUUCCAUUCAUGGGCCUUGGCUUUCGAGCCUGUCUUCUCACUGUUCGCUGUGCCUCUCUUCGGCUUGCAAUUCGCAGGUCUCGUUUUGCUUCUCACCUUGUGUGACAGUUUGCCGUCUUCGUGUCUCUAGAAAUGGGGGAAGCGAACAUUGGGCCCAAGCCAAUAGACGCGGAAGAAUUUCGCAAGCAUGCUCACGAGAUGGUGGACUUCAUUGCAGAUUACUACCGUGAUAUCGAGAGCUUUCCCGUUCGCAGUCAAGUCUCUCCUGGAUACUUGAAAACUUUGUUGCCUCCGGCUGCGCCAGAAGAUCCCGAAGCGCUGGAGGAAGUUUUUGCCGAUAUUCAGAGCAAGAUAAUUCCGGGAGUCACACACUGGCAAAGUCCGAAUUUUUUCGGAUAUUAUCCGUCCAACAGUAGCACGGCAGGGCUCUUGGGGGAAAUGUUAAGUGCUGGAUUGAACAUUGUUGGAUUUAGCUGGAUAACUUCGCCGGCGGCGACAGAGCUGGAGAUCAUUGUUCUUGACUGGCUUGCAAAGCUGUUGAAACUUCCCGACGAGUUUCUAUUUGGAGGUAAUGGCGGCGGAGUGAUUCAAGGAACUGCUAGUGAGGCAGUUUCUGUGGUGCUACUCGCUGCUCGAACUCGAGCCAUUUCAGAAAACAAGAGAAAAGGUUUGUCGGAAGCGGAGAUUCUUUCAAAGUUGGCGGUGUAUACGUCAGAUCAAACUCAUUCCUGUCUGCAAAAAGGAUGUGCGAUUGCUGGGAUUCCUCUUGAAAAUCUAGUGAUUGUUCCAACUGAUAGCUCAACAAACUAUGCAGUAUCACCAGCUGCGAUGAGACAAGCACUUGAGGAUGGCGUCAAGCAGGGACUCUUGCCAUUCUUCCUUUGCGGGACUGUGGGAACUACAUCAUCUUCGGCCGUGGAUCCAUUGUCUGCUUUAGGAGAUAUUGCAAAGGAUUUUGGAAUGUGGUUCCACGUUGACGCUGCCUACGCUGGCUCUGCGUGCAUCUGCCCAGAGUUUCGGCAUCACCUGGAUGGAGUUGAGAAAGCAGAUUCGUUUAACAUGAACGCACAUAAGUGGCUGCUUACAAACUUCGAUUGUUCUGCUCUUUGGGUGAAGGAAUCCAGCCAUCUGGUGUCAGCUCUUUCUACAACACCUGAGUUCUUGCGUAACAAGGCAUCUGAUUUAAAUCAAGUUGUCGACUACAAAGACUGGCAGAUACCUCUCGGCAGAAGAUUCAGGUCGUUGAAGCUGUGGUUUGUCAUGCGCAUGAAUGGCGCUUCUGGAUUACGGAGCUACAUAAGGAACCAUGUCCGCCUUGCAAAGCGCUUCGAAGGCUUCGUGCGUGAAGACCCACGCUUCCAACUUCUAGUUCCUCGCACAUUCGGCUUGAUUUGCUUCAGGCUAAAGCCAGAAAGCGAUGAUCCGGACAACGGACGCACUCUAAACUCCACGCUUCUGGAGGCUGUCAAUUCCAGUGGAAGAAUGUUUAUCACUCACACGGUGCUCUCGGGCGUCUACACGCUGAGGAUGGCCAUCGGCGGUCCACUCACGCAAGACAAGCACGUAGACGCUGCGUGGAAGCUCAUCCAAGAAGAAGCCACCACCCUCUUGGUUAAGGGCCCUUCGCAUAUUCUUGCGAAUAAUCUUCGUUUGUCGCCUAUUCUUGCGAAUAAUCUUCGUUUGUCGCCUAUUCUUGCGAAUAAUAGAAUUUAAAACACUUGGUUUA